CUCAGCCCAAACCUUCCCUUUGCCUCCACAGAUGCUGCUCAACCCGCAGAGUUCCUCCAGCAGUUUGUUAGUUGCUCCAUUCCCCAAUAUCUGCAUUCUCCGGUGUCUCCACCAUCCAAUGGAAUUGUGGAGCAGGCUCGUGGACCAACUGGGGCACUCCUCUCCAAUUUAUUACAAUCUUAUGUUCCUAACCCCUGUCUCUCCUGGGUCACGUUAGCAUUCCGAAAUCAGGAGAGCAUUUCGUUUAAACCGGAGUCUUAGUAAACCCUCACGACUCAAGUAACCUCCGUGCCCCUGCACAUUCAGUGUUGAUCUGGUUUAUUUUUAGCUGGGAGCUGUUCCUGCUCCCUUUCAGUCAGCUGUCCUGCCACUCGAAGUAGCGUCUCUGAGUCUGUUCGUCAAAGUGCACGGACGGAGAGAGACAACGUCACUCAACGAUGGACAGCCAUGACUCCACCGACAACGACACUCGCGUCCUUCCUGAUGGAAUUGGGAUACAGGAGCAGGUCCAAAACCCAGCAUCAGGACCCAGCACCCACCAACAGGAGAAGCAAGCAGCAGACGGCCCUGUUGCCCCACCACUGCCCGAUCAAGACCCGAAGGCCCCCGGCACUCCCGAUCAGGUACCGGUGGAGACCGCCGCCCCUGCACUGAAGGAGGACGCCACGCCCACGAGGGACCUCGGAGGUCUUGACAUUGGGGAGGAGCUGGACAGGCAGCUGGAGGACAUCAUCAAAACCUACAGGGGCUCCGGGGAAAGCCCAGAGGGGAAGGAGGCAGAGGGAGAGGCGGAGAGGGGUGAGGCUGUGAACAAUGGAGAGCUGGAGAAGCAAGAAGACGAGGAGAAGGAACAGCCAGGUCCUACAUGCACCGGUGAUGCGGACAAGGAGACGGGUAAGGAGCAGAAGCUGGAAAAGAAGAAACUGAAAGGACUGGGGAAGGAAGUUGCUGCCUUGAUGCAGAAUCUGAACAAGAUCAGCUCGCCUGAGGAGAGGCAAGAAACUCUACUCCUGAAGUACUCAGAACUGCUCGAGGAGUACCGGGGUGAGCAGAAGCAGAGGAAGGCCCUCCAGAGGAAGCAGGCUCAGCUCAGCAAGGAGAAGGACCAUCUGCAGGGCGAGCACACCAGGGCAAUCCUAGCCCGCAGCAAGCUCGAGAGUCUGUGCCGGGAGCUCCAGAGACACAACAAGACCCUCAAGGAGGAGAGCUUACAACUAGCAAGAGAAGAAGAGGAGAAACGCAAAGAGGUGACCAAGCAUUUCCAGGACACACUGGCUGACAUCCAGUCUCAGAUCGACCAGCACACCCAGCGAAACAUCAAGCUGUGCGAGGAAAACACCGAGCUCACCAGCAAACUGAAAACCAUCAUCGACCAGUACGACACGAGAGAGGAGCACUUUGAGAAGGUCUUCAAGCACAGAGAUCUACAGCAACAACUGGCAGACGCAAAACUACAGCAGGCACAGGAGCUGAUGAAGGAGGCUGAGGAACGACACGGGAAAGAAAGGGAAUAUCUCCUGAGCCAGGCUGCUGAGUGGAAGCUGCAAACCAACAUCAUGAAGGAACAAGAAACUCUGCUCAAGGCCCAGCUUAAACUGUACUCGGAGAAGUUUGAGGAGUUCCAGGGGACGCUAGCGAAAAGCAAUGAGACGUUCGGCAGCUUCAAGCAAGACAUGGAAAAGAUGACGAGAAGGAUGAAGAAGCUUGAAAAGGAGACCUUAAUGUGGAAGGGCAAGUGGGAAUCCUGCAACAAAGCUCUCCUGGGUAUGAUUGAGGAGAGGGAAAUGCGAUCCAAGGAAUACGAGUGCUUCCAGCUGAAGAUCAAGAGGUUGGAAAACCUGUGCAGGGUGCUGCAGGAGGAGAGGACUGAGCUGUACAAGAGGAUAAUGAACAUGCGUAGCAAGGCGGAGGAUACAGAAACACAGGCCGACAACGAGGCGAACAUUGAGGAGGAGGAUGAGGAGAGAGAAGAGGGCUCCACCGUGAGUUUUGACUCAGGAGAAAGCCUUCUGCAAGACUUGGCCACAGAGUUGGCCACACACUGUGCCGAGGGCAGGCAAGGCAACGGCGUUUCCACACACACCCAGGGUGGACAAACAUUGCCUGUCGCAGAGGCUGUCACCUCCCCGUUACUGGCCCAGCUGAAGGUGCCAAGAGGUGAGGCCGAAACACCCAUCCAGGCUCCGGGUCCUGUCCCACCAACAGCAUGUGGGUCAGAGCCAGCCUCUGCCCCCGCUGUUAGUCCAGAAUCUCAUCCCGCUCCGGCUCCACGUCCCGCUCCGGCUCCACGUCCCGCUUCGGCUCCACCUCCGGCUCUCACUCCAUUCCCCGCUCCCACUCCAGUUCCUGCGCUCACUCCUUCCUUUGCUCCACUUCCCGCUCCGGCUCUCACUUCCUUUGCAGCUCCCACUCCGGAUCCUGCUCCACUCCCUGCUGCUACUGCCAUCCCUGGCCCAGCUCUCAUUCCAGCUCCUGGCUUGGCACUCGCUCCAGUUCCUACUCCCACUCCUGGUUUUACUCCAGUUCCCGCUCCCGCUGACACUCCAGUACAGGUUUCUGCUCCUGCUCCCGCUCCCAGUGCUCCCUGUGAAGCAGGAGUUUCCGCAGCAGAGCCAGGAACUGCCCAGGCUGCAGGGUCGGAGACGACGGAAGUUACUGACGUGAAUGCUGUUGACUGA